CAAUAUGCCUCCGCUGCCCUCGGGCUGCUCGCCAUGCCGGGCACCUGCGGGCGCCUCUCCUCGCCGCUGCCGGGGCUGGCGGCCGCGCUGCUGCUGAUGCUGAUGAUGGGGCGGCCGCCCGCCGCCGCCGCCACCCGCCCGCAGCAGCAGCGAGCGGCGCUGCCCGGGGCCGCCCCCGCCGCGGCAUCAGGAUCUGUUUUUACGCUCAAAGUUCAAGUAAACGACAUCAUCAGUCAUCAGUACCUGCAACAAGCGGUGGUAGAGGUGUUUGUUAACUACACCCUGGCAAAUUCUACUGUUACUGGAAACAAUGGAGCAGUGUUAAUAAAAGUCCCCUACAAAUUAGGAUUAAGCUUAACUAUUGUCUCAUACAAGGAUGGCUACCUACUGACACCUUUGCCUUGGAAGACUGCGAGAAUGCCAAUAUACUCGUCCGUGACGCUCUCAUUAUUCCCACAAAGUCAAGCUAAUAUAUGGCUGUUUGAAGAUACUGUCUUAAUUACUGGAAAACUGUCUGAUGCCAAAUCUCAACCGAGUGUUCAAUUUCCAAAAUCUUUAAUAAAGCUCCCAGCAAAUCAUAUUGCAAAUGUUACAGCCUAUCUGACAGUUCCAGAGCAGUUUUUGAAAGUGGACAGCUUUCUCCAUACAACAGGAAUUAUUCUAAAUAAAUCAGGUUUCAAAAGCAUGGAAUUAACUCCUCUUGCUGCCAUAUGUGUGAAUGUUCUUUUGGCUGGGAAAGAACUGAAUGUAAAUGGUCCUGUUCAGGUUACACUUCCUUUUCCCACAACUACUGUAAAAUCAGGAGAUGCUGUACCUGCCUGGACAUUUGAUAUGAAAAUUGGUGCUUGGGUAAACCGUGGGCUAGGAAUGGUCAGGGAAGUGGAUGGUCAGUUAGUAUGGACAUACACUGCUCAGCACUUGGGCUACUGGAUAGCAGCUCCACUGCCUGGAACAAGAGAAUCCAUUAUUAGUGCUGUUUCCAAGGACAUAACAGCCUAUCACACCGUGUUCCUUACGGCCAUACUGGGUGGAACUGUUGUCAUUAUCAUUGGAUUUUUUUCUGUUCUUCUUUGUUACUGCAGGGAUAAAUGUCGUCGGACACAGAAGAAGGAAAAAAACACAACCAAGCUGGAGGUCAUAAAAAAAGACCAGACAACAUCAACAACUCACAUAAAUCACAUCAAUGCUGUCAAAGGGUCUUUAAAGCUGGAGGAUAAGUCACAGUUAUAUACACCGAAGAUUUCUUCAUACAGCCCUCAAAGAAGGCUGUCCACAGACACAGAAGAUGGAAAAUCACAAGACAAAUUUAAAAUAUACUCAGAGGAUGCUUCUUAUCAGUCAUCCUGUCAGAUUGGUCAGGCAGGAAAUUCAGCCCUUUCAGUGGAGCCUAGUGCUGCAGUGAGGCUUUUACAGCAGCCCAAGCACAGUAACAGUACUAUUUCCCAGGCUCCUCGGGACAUUCCAGACCAAACCAGAUAUCUUUCACUGAAAGAGGAGAUGUACGGGCUUUCCCAUAUCCCAGAACAUCUAAUGCAUAUUUACAAUCAGCCUAUUGCUAUUCUUCAAACCUCAGACCUUUUCCACUCCCCAGAACAACUGCAUCCCGCUAAAUCAGCAACUUUGCCCAGGAAAGGGCAGCUGGUGUAUGGCCCCAUGAUGGAACCCGUGAAUCGCGACGCUUACAUGCAAACACUCCCCAAAAUGCCAGUGCACUCUCAUCCCCAGCCUUCUGCCUGCAGAGAUGAGAACGGUGCCCUGGAUGGUGAAGAGGGCUUACCUUCCCAAACAUCCAACUGGGGCCGCUACACCAACAGCUUACUGGAAUCUGUCUCUGUUCCUGGGACACUGAACGAAGCGGUCGUAAUGACUCCAUUUUCAUCCGAACUUCAGGGGAUUUCAGAGCAAACGUUGCUGGAGCUCUCUAAAGGAAAACCAUCUCCACAUCCUAGAGCAUGGUUUGUGUCCCUGGAUGGAAAGCCAAUUGCUCAAGUGAGGCAUUCUUUCAUAGAUCUGAAAAAGGGCAAAAAAACUGAGAGUAAUGAUACCAGUCUGGACUCUGGUGUGGACAUGAAUGAGCAUCAUCCUAACAGGAAACUGGAGAGAGAGAAAACUUUCAUUAAAAGUAUGCCACAUUCUAAGAUUCUUUACUUGGAAGAUCUGGAUCUGAGUAGCAGUGAAAGUGGGACCACUGUUUGCACUCCAGAGGACCAGGCUGUGAGACACAUUAUGGAAGGAGGGAAUGGGCCAGUCCUAGAACAGCACGAUGAGGAAGGUCUAAGGAAAAAAUCUCUACCAGGAAGUCAUGAAUCUGGUAUCCCUUCUGCUAAAAAAAGGGAUAGACCGCCCCUCAUGAAAAGAGAUAGCAAAACCAAUAUCUGGAAGAAAAGAGAGGAGAGGCCGCUUAUUCCUAUAAAUUAAAACACAAUGUGCUUUGUGCUGUUGCUCUCCCUGCUGGUUUUUGAUCUCUUGCCUGCUUCUGUAAUUCUGCAGUGUUGGGUUAACAAGGGAAAUGCUGUUUUCUAGUAUCAAGAAAAGUUUCUUUUUUUUUAACAUAUAGAUUGAGUUACCAAACUUCAGCUGGGCAAUUGAUAUUCCAUGUGAAUUGAAAACAGAGAAAUGCUAUUAUUAAACUUUUCCAGUUCCUAAUUUUAGUGGAAGUAUGGGGAAGGCCCACAUUUUACUUAGCCUGUCAUUCUUGGACACACCUUUGGGAAUGCACAGUGAGAAAUGUAGGCACAUGAUUUAAUUUUUUGUACUUGUUGCUAAUGCAAUGGUAGCCUAGUUAAAACCAUUCCUCAGCCUUGUUCCUAAUCGUGACCAUCUGUACAGUAUUUUAUAUGUGAACUUUUCUAGGGAUCCGUUACUACUCCUUUGUAUAAUGUGAAAUGUUUCAUGCAUCAGUCCCACGACACCAGCAGAUGAGCUCUGUUGGGUCCAUCAGCAGAGCUCCAUAGCAUUACUGCCCUCCCUGUGUGCCCAUCCAUGUGCAAUUCCAUAAAACAGUGGGGAAGGGGAAGUGUACAAGUGUGGCUGCUGCAGUUCAUGGUCCCUGCUAUCUUAGAGAUGUUGCCCAUCUGCUUUGUUAUGGCCCCUGGAUGUUGAAGGCUGACAUCGGCUAUGAAGGGUCCACGUCCAGCAGAAAAGGACUAGUUCUGGUAGCAUUUGAAGCUGCAGCUACUCCUGAACCCAGUGUCAUGUUUUGGCUUCUUUGUCAGUGAACACCUACUCUUCUGCACGCUGUUGGGCCAGCUGUCCUCCAGAAUAUAGCCUUGAAUCUCUGCAUAUUUGCAAGCGAGAGUUUGGCCCAUGAUGAAGAGUGCAAGAUUAGACAAAUCAUGCCUUGGAAAUAGGUUCUUGAGCAGGAAAGCUCAGCACCGUUGCUUUUUAUUUUAUGUUUAAAACAAUGGGAGAUCAUUUGAGGUUUAUGUGCCUAUAUUUUGCCAGCCUGAGCUGCUUUUGUCUAGGUUUGCAGAGGAGUUAAACAGGCUUUAAAAGUUAGGUGGGAGGGUUUAUGAGCAUGAGACAGCAGAUUGCAAAAUUUGGUCUAUAAUGCAAUACAAAUACUAUUUAUGACUCAUCUUAGAGUUAAAUUUACCAAAAGUCAUGAAUGCAUGAAUUUUAACUAAGAUAUGUAUAGAGGAAGGAAAGGCCAUCAGAAUAUUAUUUAAUUUUAAUGUUCAUCCUGUCAAAAUAAUAAUUUCAACUUUGGCUAACAGAAAAAUGGAUGCAUCUCUUAAUGUGCUUCAUAUAGCAAACAGAAUGUAUUUCUGUGGCUUUGAGGAUGUUUCCCCGGUGAAAUAAGUUCCAGCAUUUUGGCUUUGGCAGUUUGAUUAUAAAUCAUCCUAAAAAGGCUUUAUAAAUAUUUCUCUUAGAGCUUGGUUAAGGUUCUGUACCAAGACUCAAACAUACAAUGGCUAUAUUUGAAUUGUGAUGUGAGUGGUGCUUGGUUGUCUGCCCUGUAGUACACUCAAGAGUUGGGAAGGUUCCUAUGCAGCUGGGCUUCUGGGAAUAUUUACUCAGGAAAUAUUACUGUGAAGUAUGUCUGUUGUGUUGAGAUUGUCAGUUGUCUGGUGCUGUUUCUAGAAGAAUACAGAAGGUAACCAGGGUGGUACCAGCAGUGCAUCAGUCCAAACUGAGCUUUUGCUUCAUGAACAAAAUGUCCUAUUGGGUUCACAAGUAUGGAAGUGCAAAUUAAGUUUGAGAUAGGUGUGUGUGUGGUGGGUUGACCUUGGCUGGAUGUCAGGCGCCCAUCAAGCUGCUCUAUUGCUCCCCUUUCCCAGCUGGACAGGGGAGAGAAAAUAAGAUGGAAAGCAACUAGAUUGAGAAACAGCAGUUUGCUAAGGCAAAAGUAGAAGUUUGUGUUUGCAGAAAGAGGAAAAAAAUAGGUUUGUUCUCUACUGCUUGUCAGCAAGCAAUGUGUGGCUGAACCCUGGGAAGCAGGGUUUCAACUCUUGUAGUAGUUGCUCCAGAAGGCAAACCUUGUAAGUAACAAAUGCCCCCACCCCCUCCUUUCCUUAGCCUUCAUAUGUGGAAUAUCUCUUUGGUUAAUUUGGGUCAGCUGGCUUAGUAGUGUUCCCUGCCAGGAUCUUGCCCACUCGCAGCCUACUGCUUGGGAAUGUUGAGAGUCAGCGCUGAUGCUGCGCCAGCCCUGCUCAGCAGUAGCCAAAACACUGGUGUGUUAUCAACACCUCUCCAGCUCCCAGUGCAAAGCACAGUGCUGCAAAGGCUGCUAUGGGAAGUGAACUCCAGCUCAGCCAUAUGCAGUAUCCAUGGGCAGCACCAUCACAGAUGGGAAUCUUGGCUCCAGUGCCUGAGCACCUCCUUCCCCUCCUUCGGCACUCACCUUGGUGCCUGUAGAGUUGCUCCUCUCACAUGUUUUCACUCCACUCUUCUCUGGCCACAAUUACAACUGCACCAUAACUUUUUUUUUUCCUUCUCAAAUCUGUUAUCACAGAGGUGUCACCAUCAUUUGUGAUUGGCUCAGCCUUGGUCAGCAGUGGCUCUGUCCUGGAGCUGCUGGCAUUGGCUCUGCUGGACAUUGGGGAAGCUUCUGGCAGCUUCUCACAGAAGCCACCCCUGUAGACCUGCCCCCCACUAUCAAUCAAAACCUGCCCACCCAAACCCAAUAUACACGGUGGAGCAACUGUCCCCCUGCAACUUACGGAGUGCAGAUAUCCACCUGCGUCCUGGGGAGGAUGCAUGAAAGAGGCUGUGAACCUGUGGGAAACCUGUGCUGCAUUAAGCUCCUGGCAGGACCUGCAGAGAGAAGAGCCAUGCUGCAGCAGGUUUCCUGGUAGUGCUUGUGGGGACUCAUGCUGGAGGCAGGCUGUGCCUGAAGGACUGCACCCUGUGGAACAGUGAGCCAUGUUGGAGCGGUUUGUGGAGAACUGUUGCCCCUGAGAAGGACUCAAGUUGGUGAAGUUCAUGGAGAGCAGCAUCCCGUGGGAGGGACCUAUGCUGGGGCAGGGGAAGGACUUGUGUCCUUGGGCAGCAGCAGAAACACUGAGUGAUAAACUGUCCAAUUCCUGUCUCUGUGUCACUGCAGGGAGGAGGUAAAGCUGGGAAAGAGGGAGGGGUGGGGGGAAGGUGUUUCUAGGAUUCAUUUUACUUGUCAUUAUCCUGCUCUGGUUUUGUCAGUAAUAAAUAUCCCCAAGGUGAGUGAGCCUGUUUUGCCUGUGACAGUUCUCAGUGAGUGAUCUCUCCCAGUCCUUAUCUCCGUUCAUGAACCUCAUUGUAUUUUCUCUCCUCUGUCCAGUUUGUGCAAGGGAUUGGUAAGAGUGGCUUUGGUGGGUGCCUGACAUCUAGCCAGGGCCAAACCACUACAGUUUGCAAAUAAGUCUGUAAUUAAACUGGUCUAAAGAACCUAAAAGAGGUUUAAUUAUGAUUCAUCUAUUUCUGAUGUGAAGAUAGCUUGUCAUAUUAGGAUGCCUUUGGUUCUUUCUAGGUAACAGGAAUUUUGUUGUCCAAGACCAAAUAUAUUUUCACAAAACUUUUGGUUUUUUUUUAAUGUGCUGUUCUACUUGAUUUUUAUACGACUUUCUAGGCCCAGAUAUUGAUCAUUUGCUUUGUUGUAUACAUUAGUAGGAAUCAAUUUAUAUAUGCACAUUUCUUCUGAAAGCUGCUCUUAAGGUUCAACAUUGCCCUGUUUGGAGAGUUGCACUGGUUCUGAAGGCUCCCUUUUCAAAAAGAGAUUAUUAUACUUUUUGUUGAACAUAAUAGAAAAUCCCUAACAAGCUAAUGGUUUUGAGAAAUUCAUAUCAAGUUCAUACAUCUUUACUUGAAAUUUUGUUCACCUAUGGUAAUAUUUCAGAUUUUUUAAAGGCAUUUUUCACAGAAUCACAGAAUUUUUAGGUUGGAAGAGACCUUCAAGAUCAUCGAGUCUGACACAUCUCUAAUACCUCAACUAGACCAUGACACGAAGUGCCACGUCCAGUCUUUUUUUAAACACAUCUAGGGAUGGUGACUCCACCACCUCCCCGGGCAAGCCAUUCCAGUACUUUAUCACUCUUUCAGUGAAAAACUUUUUCCUAAUAUCCAGCCUAUAUCUCCCUUGUCGCAGCUUGAGACUGUAUCCUCUUGUUCUGUCUGUUGCUGCCUGAAGGAAGAGACCAGCCCCCAGCUUACCACAGCCACCCUUCAGGAAGUUGUAGAGAGUGAUAAGGUCACCCCUGAGUCUCCUUUUCUCCAGGCUAAACAACCCCAGUUCUCUCAGUUGUUCUUCAUACGGCUUGUGCUCCAAGCCCCUCAUCAGCCUCGUUGCCCUCCUCUGGACGCGCUCAAGCAUCUCAACGUCCUUCCUAAACUGAGGGGCCCAGAACUGGACACAGCACUCAAGGUGUGGCCUGACCAGUGCAGAGUACAGGGGAAGAAUGACCUCCCUGCUCCUGCUGGCCACACCAUUCCUGAUACAGGCCAGGAUGCCAUUGGCCCUCUUGGCCACCUGGGCACACUGCUGGCUCAUGUUCUGCCACUGGCACCAGCACCCCCAGGUCCCUUUCCUCCUGGGCACUGUCCAGCCACACCAUCCCCAGCCUAUAACGCUGCAGGGGGUUAUUGUGGCCAAAGUGCAGGACUUGGCACUUGGACUUAUUAAACCUCAUCCGAUUGGACUCUGCCCAUCUGUCCAACCGUUCCAGGUCUUUCUGCAAAGCCCUUCAUCCUUCCAACAGAUUGACAUACGCUCCCAGCUUAGUGUUAUCUGCAAAUUUACUAAUGAAAGACUCCAUGCCUUCAUCCAUGUCAUCAAUAAAAAUAUUGAACAGAACUGGCCCCAGCACAGGCCCCUGAGGGACACCAUGGGUGCCUGGCUGCCAGCUGGAUGUAGCACCGUUCACCACCGCUCUCUGGGCCCGGCCAUCCAGCCAGUUCCUAACCCAGUGAAGAGUGCUCCUGUCCAAGCCAUGGGCUGCCAGCUUUUCCAGGAGUGUGCUGUGGGAGACAGUGUGAAAAGCCUUGCUGAAGUCCAAAUAGACAACACCCACAGCCUUCCCUGCAUCCACCAGGCGGGUCACCUGGUCAUAAAAGGUGAUCAGGUUGGUCAAACAUGACCUACUCCUCCUAAACCCAUGCUGGCUGGGUCUGAUACCCUGGCCAUCCUGUAAGUUCUGUGUGAUGGCACUUAAUAUAAACUGUUCCAUUAUUUUGCCAGGUACUGAGGUCAGGCUGACUGGUCUGUAAUUACCAGGAUCCUCCUUCGCACCCUUUUUGUGAAUGGGUGUCACAUUGGCCAGCUUCCAGUCAUCCAGAACCUCACCAGUGAGUCAAGACUGAUGGCAGAUGAUGGAGGGUGGCUUAGCAAGCUCAUCUGCCAGCUCUCUCAUCACUCUGAGAUGGAUCCCAUCUGGUCCCAUAGAUUUAUGGAUAUCCAGGCAUUUCAGCAGUUCUCUGACUGCCUCCUCUUGGAUAAUGAGGGGACCAUUCUGCUCCCUGACACCAUCUACCAGCCCAGGAGGGCAGUUGUCUUGAAGGCAAGUCAUGUCCUCACUAAAAACUGAGGCAAAGUAGGCAUUAAGCACUUCUGCCUUCUCCUCAUCUGCAGAUAUUAAGUUCCGUCCCUUGUCCAGUAAAGAACAAAGGUUGGUCUUACCCUUCCUUUUAGCAUUAAUAUAUUUGUAAAAACAUUUUUUAUUAUCCUUUACAGAUGUUGCCAUUCUAAGUUCAAAAUGAGCUUUGGCCUCCCUCAUUUUUUUCCUACAUGCUUUAGGAGCUCCCUUAAAUACUUCCUGAGAGACCUGACCCCUCUUCCAAAGCUGAUACAUCCUCUUUUAAUUCCUAAGUUCCUCCAAAAUCUCCUUGCUCAUUGAGGCUGGACAUUUACCCCGUUGACUUAUCUUUUGGCACACAGGGGCAGUCUGUUCCUGUGCCCUCAAGAUCUCUAUUUUGAGGCAUGCCCAGCUUUCCUGAACUCCAUUGUUUUUAAGGGCUGCUUCCCAAGGGAUGCUCUGAAUAAGUCUCCUAAAGUCUGCCCCCCGGAAGUCCAAUGCAAGAGUUUUAUUGGUGCUCCUCCUGACUUCACCAAAUAUUGAGAACUCUAUUAUUUCAUGAUCACUCUGCCCCAAGCAACCUCCAACCACCACAUCUCCCACCAGUCCAUCUCUGUUUGCAAACAGCAGAUCUAACAUAGUCCCUCCCCUGGUGGGCUCACCCACCAGCUGCAACAAAAAGUUGUCCUCCAUACACUCUAAAAAUUUCCUGGACUGCCUCUUUUCUGCUGCAUUAAGUUCCCAGCAGAUGUCUGGUAGGUUGAAGUCACCACAAGAACAAGGGCUGAUGAUCCUGAAACAUUACCUAGCUGCUUAUAGAAUAAGUUAUCCACCUCUUCCUGGUUGGGUGGACGAUAACAGAGUCCCAGCAGGAUGUCAGCCUUGUUGGCCUUCCCCUUAAUUCUUACCCAUAGGCAUUCAACUCCAUCUUCCGUAGUUUCAAUUCCUACAGUAUCAAAAGUCUGAUUAAUAUAAAGGGCCACCCCUCCACCUCUUCUUCCUUGCCUGUCUCUUCUGAAGAGCUUGUAGCCAUUAAGUGCAGUGCUCCAAGCCAUGUGAGUCAUCCCCCCAUGUUUCCGUGUUGGCAACUUACAUCAUAGCUCUGCUUACAUCUGCACCAUGGCCUCCAGCUCUUCUUUUCAUUGUAUAGACCAAAAAGACCUAAUUUCUCAAACUUAUAUAGUCAAAAAAUACAGACUACUGUAAAUGGCUUUAUUUACGUGAGUUCCAAGGAAACAAGUUUGGCACUCCAUUGUUCUCAUUCUCUGACAGAGUAGGUAUCUGGUCAUCAAAGGAAAAGGAGUAGAAAUCCAAUACUAAAAUUAUUAUGAUUUAUAUGCAUACAGAAUAUUUCAGAAUAUAUUAUGUCAGUCUUCACAUUCCAGCUGUAUGUUGGAAUUCAUGCACUGGAAAGACCUGUAUUGCCUGCUAGAGGUUAGAAUUCUUUUUUGUUUUAGAUCAUUAAAAAAAGGAGUUUGACCAUGUUGAGGUCUAAAAAUUUUAAUUCCACAAGAAAUUCUACAUGAUGUGUAACAUGUGGAGAAGACAGAAUGUCACAGUGAAGUUUGUUUUGGUAGAAAACUAAUAGUUUUCUGUAUUUCUCCUUAUGAUUUCAACAUAGGAAUUUAUAAGAAUCACUGAAUUUUUUCUUUUCAGAUUUUUUGUUUUUCUGUUGGCUCUUUGUGGCAUUAACAGACCAUUAAAAUGCUGGUGCUAGAAUUAGGCAUAUGCAAGAAUUAGCAAGGAUUUGUGGCACACGAGUUCUUGGAAAGGCUAAGUCAAAACAUUCAGAGAUUUUGACUUAGAAUCUGGAGGUUGUUUACCUUGAGAAGUGGGCUGGUCUUUGAGCCCCUUCUAAGGAGAGAGGAAUAAGAAGGGAAAAUUGGAAAGGAAACAGCUUUUUUCUGAUGCUAGUUUGCAAACUGAUAUGUGUUUGUGCUUUGGUGGAAUCAAUUCUUUCUGAACACAAAUGUUUGCAAGGGUUCUGGCUCAGUUCUUUACAUGGCUCAUCUUGAGCUGUCAGCUUUGGCAAGAAAAGUCCUUAUUUGUGUACAUAUAGUUUUAAGUGCAAACUCAUUGACAGUAAUUUUUAGAUUGUAAUCAAAUGCUAGAUAUUAUAGAUUAAAAAAAAAAAAGUGGAGGAAUCACUUAAAAAUCACAUUUGAUCAAUUUGAUUAAGAGGAAAAAAAAAAAAAAUCUUUAUAGUACGGUCAGAAAAUAGAACCCUGAUAUUACAAACCUGAAAGUAAAAAUUUUGUGUUGGUUAGGAACAUUAUUUACCACUAUAAAGCUAGAGAUGACGCACCAAAAAUAAUCCAGGGUCUAGAAAUGUUUAGUUGUCUCCUUUGUUUUUAUGCAGUAAUUUGUACCAAAGAGGAUGAAAUGAAUGGGCACCAGUAUAAAUUCUUGUUAGUUAAAAGGUGACAAAGUUUCACAAUGCUCCUGAUCAAACACUGUGCAAAUGAAAAGGCAGUGCACUACAUCUGCUGUCUAGUAUUUUACAUGAGGAAAACCUGGAGAUAAAUUAGCCUGCUGAAGUGCCUUUCUCUUUCAUCAGACUUAUUUUAUCAGUGGGACACAUGACUAUCUGAAAAGAAGAAUGUUUUUUUUUCUGUUAGCCAAAACUCCCCUGAAUUCAUGCAAUUAUGUAGCUUUUAUAAUAUUUUAAAAGGCAGAUGUAGUGGUUUUUAUGUUGGAAUACUGAUUUCUGCAUGUUGAUGAUGAUGGUAAUUGUUGUAAAACCUGGAUUUUGUAUUUUAUGUUUGAAAAGAAAUUUUAAAAAAUAUAUCUUUAGCAAUCUGAACAGUAGUGUCUUUUAAAAAUGCACAUAUGGGAUCUGAUUCAACUUUGUAUGUCAAGUGCAAGCAUCUUGAAGUCACUGGAUUUACAGGUAUGAAACUGACUGUGAUAUUUUCAAAAAUGAAAUGAAUAUAAGUUUAUAUAUAAACACUAUUAUAAUGAUAAAAGUCCUUUUUUCAGCUGCUAACUUUGCUUGCCAGUAGCAGCAGAAAUUUUAUGGUGAUGGGUACGUAAUUCUUAUUUUAUAGAACCAAUUUUUAUGUCAAUUUGGAGCCUAACCUGCUUUGGUUUUUAAUUCCCCCCCCCCCUUUUUUUUUUUUUUAAUUUUAAAUUCAGUGAUAUUAUGAAAACACAAUACUAUGCCUACGGAGUUAAAAGAUGAGUGUUCUUUGAUGGUACUUUGUACUAAUUUGUGCCACACCUCUAACAGUAGGCAGCUACAUUUGUGUUAAAGAAUUUAUAUAAAAGGUGGUUUAAAGGACUUGAAUCUGAGCUUUGUUUUCUUCUAAAAGCAGUAUUCAUUGUGUUCUGGAAAAAAAAAAAAAAAAAAGCUUCAGGUUUUUUUAAGGCUGGCAGGGCAAAACUCUGUCAUUUCUUGUUGUGCUAGCACUCUCAGCCUGAAAACUGUUUUACCAAAUGAAAUUUUUCAGUCAGUUUUAGGACUUACUGAACAUUCCUGUACUCCCCCUCUCCAAAACAUCCUGAUAUUUUAUUCCCCAGGUAAUCGAUUUAGUUCCUUUGAAGCACUUGUUGCACUUCAGUCCAUGUUAGAACAGUACUAUUUUUACAUGUCACUGUGUAGAAAGGCAGUUUGUAGUGCUCAUUAGAGCAUGUUGUUCAUACAAAGCCUAGCUCUGGAUGUUGCAAGGCAGGUGAACUCAUGGCACCGACUUACUCACCACCUUGGAUUCUGGAGCCUUAUAUUCAACAAAAGCUUCAUGACCUUGGCAAUUACUUUCAAAAACUCUCUAGUAUGGAUAUUGUUUAUGUAAAACAUUCUUGAUAUUGGCAUCCUGGUUUUAAGUAUUUCUACCUUUUUAUAUUUUGUCAGAGGUGUCUUUUCAACUCUAUUUACUACAGUAUCAGUGUAUCUGUUGCUGAAAAUGUAACUAAGAUUUGUAAAAUGUUACAGCUUAUGCAAUACAAUAAAACAUUUGAAAAAGUUA